CGUAAGGAUCUUCUGUAAACAACGACAUUCCCCAUUAUGUUAAGCCGCUAUUUAGAUCUACUUAUUUUGUUGCAAUAUCGUUAAUUUAAUGAAAUGUAUAAAAAAAAAUUUGAAGUAGGUUAAUUUUUCAACUAGGGAAAAAGAAACUAAAUUACCGUUUUAUGUACUUAUAAAGCCUUAAAUAAGAAACUAACUUCUGAUUUAAAAAUGGUGCAUUGCGGUUUAUUAAGUAAUCAGUUUUGAUAACGUAUCUAAUCGUUAGUUCAAGUUAGAAACAUUUUCAAGUCUAUAAAUUCCUAUUGUAAAAGUGAUCUUAAAUGUCUGAUAUUUAAUUUACUUUGUUUGUACAGACUUAUCUGAGAGCUGAUUAAUUAAGCUCAUGAUGAUUAAUUAAGCUCAUGAUUUGAAUAUUUAUUGAAUUAGCGAAGGGGAGAAAAUUAAAGUGCAAUCCCAUAAAUACACUGGGCAGUAGUGAACUAAAACGAGUGAAAGUCAGUUAACAUUGGAACUCUCUUGGUUUUACGCAAGCAACUUUUAUCAUACAGAAUGAGAAUAAUAUUUUUAUGAUUCUCUGAGAAAAGACUGUGUUUCACACAAUGGCAGCAGCUUUUGGAGAUGAUAGCACUGAUGAUGAAAUUGGUGCCAAAUUACAGCUUGCUGAAAGGUUACGUAUAAACAGGGGAGAAAACAGUUCUGAUCGAAAGGAGCAAAAUAGUAAAGAUUUAAAGCAAUAUUGUAAUUAUCGUCGCAAAAAAACACAUUCCCGGAACGAUCGGUCAAGUUCAUCUUCGAGUGCGGAAAUGGCUGCAGCAUCUGGAAGUUCACACAAGCAUUCAAAUAAAAAGAGGCAAAGUGAAAGGAAUACAGAGAACAUUUAUACUAAACGUACAUGCUUUGGAGGUAGAUAUCUUCCCACUCCAUUAUGGUGUGAUGAAAUGAAAUUUAAUAAAUGUGGAUAUUGGCCAUCUAAGCAAGCUGAGUUGCGUUUAUGUCCUGAUAAAACAUAUGAAGAUAAUGUAAAUAAUCAGGCAGACUCUGAAGAUUCUGAUCUAGAGACUCGUAUCCACAAUAAAAGGUUUCAAAAACCGGAUCAUAGCUCUAGGACGUUAAAAAAUAAUCCUUGUAACUCAUCAUCAGAACCUGGAAUGUCUCGUGAAAAUCCUGCUACUGUAAGCAAUAGUGUUAAAUUUAUAGAUAGUGGUAGUGACGAUGACUCUAAAAUAACUAUGCAGAAUGGAGCCUUGAAAGGAGGACGUCAAUCUCCAGAUCUCUUUUAUUUCAACAGGAAAGUGUUGGGUCGUAAAAUAAAGAAAGUUCUUGAUAGUGAUGAUUCAGACGAGGACAGUUGGCAUAUUGGCUAUCGUAGUCGUCCGCGAGUAUUUUCAUCAUCAGAUAGUGAAGAUUCAAAAUUAACUAAUGGCAAAAAAAAAUCUCUGGAUGCCAUUCCUGCCAGUAAUGCAGAUCAGACAUUUUUCUGUGGUGACUCGCGUCAAAAUAACAAACAUUAUGAAACUUUGCAAUCAUCAAAGAUAUCACAUUUCCGUGGUUAUGGUAAUGAAUCUCGUAAACUUUCUUCUGCAUCGAGCUCUAAGAAUCAAAAUAAGGGUCUGUCGAAAAAGUCUCAUAAUACUCAUUCUGGUUGCAGAAGUAAUUUGCCAUCAACUAGUGUAUCCGUUGAUCCAUAUGGACCCAGCAAUAGUACUGCUAGCACAUCUCGUCGAGGAAGAAGUUGUGCUAAUGGGAUUGAGAGGAGCUCCCGCAGAUCUGGGUCACCACAUCCAAAAAGUUUGCGCUCUCAUCAGCGAAUAAGCUGUAGCAAAGGCAGGCCACCGAGUUCUACUCGCUCACGAAAAGAUAAACUCAAUCUUGCUGCAUCUUAUCCAGAUUUGUUUGAUGCAGAAGAUAGUAGUGAGGUUGAAUUUUUCACUGCAAACUCUUACUCUGAUACAGAAACUAGCGCAGAAGCAUGCGAUAGCAGGAAGGCAAACGAAUCGUGUAAAAAUCACCCUGAUCCUUUAGUUGCAGUUUUCAAUGAAUCUGUUAGUGAUAGUAGUUCUGAAGAUGAAAUAAGUGUUGUGUUCUCUACUACAACAGCAAGAAAUAAUGAACAACGAAGAGGUGUUCCUAGAGCAAUAGAUAGAUUACAUGGGAGGGGAACAUCUCGUGGUCAGCCUACAGUAGUGUCAUUUUCUCCUGAUCCCGUAGAGCAAGUUCGGCAGGUGGAAGAAGAUGAAAGAAUAGCUCGAAUACUGCAAGCUCAGUUUGAUGCUGAAAUGGGUCCUCAAUUUUCUUCUGUACAUGCAAACCCUCGUAUGGGCCUUCAUGUAUCAGUAGACAGUCAUGAAGAGGUCAUCGAUCCAUUUGGAGAAUCAGAUAGUGAAGAGCCAUUCAAUCCAUAUGUCAUGGCACCAUCACGUCGAGGAUACAGAGUGCCGCAUUUGUUCAGCAGAUCAAGAACCUCAAGUAUUGAUCGAUCAGAUGAUGAAGAGGCAUUCCUUCCAUAUAUCAUGGCAACGCCUCGUCGAGGAUCCGGAGUGGGACGUUCGUCCAGCAGACCAGGAACCCCAAAUAGUAAUAGGAGGUUAGAAACUCGAGCACGUGGAUCAUACCGUAUUGAUGCAAGAUGGCGUGUGGCAAGUCUGUUUGGUGACGAGACAAGCACUACUCCUGGAACAAACUUCUAUUUUACUAAUGGUGAUGAUUAUGAGGCUUUCUUGAGUGUUGCGGAUUUGAAUGGUGAAGCUGUAUCUCAUGGUUUGCAUAAAGCACAAAUCAAUAGACUUCCAACUAGGAGGUAUGUCAGCCCUAACUCAGCUGCAGCUGGCUUUACCACUGAAGUUGUACACAAGAGAGUAGAUUUAAAUAAAGAAUGUCAAGUCUGUCUAAGUGAUUACGAGACUGGAGAUAUAUUACGGAUACUUCCGUGCUUUCAUGAGUUUCAUACACCAUGUAUUGAUCCUUGGUUAAAAAUAAAUCACACGUGUCCUGUGUGUAGAGUCAUAGUUAAUUUAGAAAAUUGAGCUGGUUGAAGAUUUUUGAAGCGGAAAACUGAUUGCAACAUUCCCAAAUUCUUAAGAGUGGAAGAUAUUUUUAAAAUUUUGUGCUUAUUUAAAUAACAUUGCUUAAAAACAUAACAUGUUUAAAUAAUGUCCUUUCAUGACUAGAGUUUAACAUUUCCAUUACCUGAAACAUUCUUAUUUUAAAAUAUGUACAGUUUUCAUUAACAUAAAAUGUUAAUUUUGUGUCAGAUUUUAUAGAUAUAUAUUUUCUUUUAAAUUCAGCUUUAUUUUUCAGUAUUGUGGCUGUCAAAAAAUAUAUCUUUUAAAAUUUAAAUAUUUUUGAAAAUAAAGUUAUCUACCAAAAUUAUUUUUAGUUCCCCCCCCUUGAAAAAUCUUACAUUAUUAGGUUAAAUAAGAGUUUUAAGUUUAAAAUAUGCUAAAUAUAUUGAAAUAUUGAAAAGGUUUAGCUAUGCAAAAUAUUGAUUGCUUUUGUGCAUGAAAUUCUAUAUGAUAUAUAAAUAAUUACAGUAUAUUUGUUACUGUUGUUUAGGCUGAAGUUUGUUCUCUAUGACAUGUGUUAAUGUCUUUAGACUAUGCAAUAGAUGUGAAUAAAAUUAUAUGCAAUGUAAGUUAAUAAUGAAAAAUUAAAAUUACAUUUUGAUA